AUGGCCCAGGCAGAAGAUAGAAUCACGGGUCGGAGCCUGCACAAACUCACCGCCGCUCCGUUGGGGUCGUCGUCGUCACACCAGGCCGUUACUGUGGGUCAAGUGGUGCGUUCCGAAGGAGAAGGAGGAGAAGGAUGCCUUUCAGUGGUUGCUAGGCUCACCCAGCUGCUCGUAUCGCCCAACCCCUUGUCAAUGGUCAACUGGAAGCUGGGUAUUGCGCGACCCAGUUUCCUUGCCCUUCCCCUGCGCUUGCCUUGUGGCCGGUGGGCCUGGUGGGACAGGAGUACUAUAAUUACCCAUUUGCCUACGUCUUUUCGCACUCACCGGGUAUUCGUGCCCACCUGGUGUGGCUCUUUCCUCCUUCACUUUCGCUCCUACACCUUGCAUUGUCCUUCUGCACCUGUGGUGCACCACGACACAAGUGCCUGGGAGGUUUCGCCACCCCUCACCGAGCUCGUGCCGCUGGGGUUGGCUGGCUUUGACGCUACAUCUCCACAAGGAGCGGCACCGCAACACGAGCUAGGGUGGUGUUGUGACUUGAGAGCUGAGAGCCGCAUCGUGUUGUAUGUCUCUUUCGAACGUGGAGUGGGUUGCGUGAUGUUUUCGCCACCAGUUGUGGCGAAGGCGAUUCGGUGGUAAUCUUUGACAGUGGUGUUCACCUCAAGAUCCACGAUUUCGUCUGAUCAUGACGUAGUCGGACUCCUUACAGACUGCAGUCGUGUGAGUGACCUCCUGCUGUGAAAGGAGCAGUGGGGAUCGAAAAUGGGCGUAGGAAAUGAUGUUAUUCGACGGUAUGAAUGCAACACUUAUUCCUCUGUGCAUGUGAGUGCGCAUAUAUAAAUAUUCGCAGUCAUUACCAACCUUUGUAUAUGCAAUGUUUUGUAAGAUAUUUUUAAAGCCGCAGUUGUUAUUUUAUGGUUUCAUACAUGCAAUCAGUGUACUUAGCCGAUACCAGCAGUCCACUACUGGCGUAUGAUUUCUCUGCAAUUCCCGACAUCGUUGGGCCCGUAUCAGUGAAUUAAAGGCCAUUGCGAACAGUGUACUAUCCUCACUCAACUGUACUUACCAUCAUGCAGCCUCACAUGAGUAGAAGAAGAAUCCUGACCUACAGCUCUUAUCGAAUGUGUACUUCAUUGCAUUUCACAUUCCUAUCCUACCUACCUCUAACCCUCACCGUGAUGUAGUUAUAACCACAGGCUUCACAGCUCCUGCAGCUGUCCUCGGCAGGGACGUUACAGCUGGGGGGAUUGGCCGUUUAGUGUAGGAUGAUAUCCUCAUGAUAGCCCUUUCAUCAGGCGUUGUAACCUGUACAAGAACAGAAUGUCGCGUAGUCUUUCGCAUAUUUAGAGAAUAGUUCUUAACGAUUUAUAUUUACAGGCAGCUGCCAAUACUAUCGCGCAUUUCGUCUCUUUGCUAGUGGUAUAGGACUCGCCUACACAGCGUGGUCCCCACUAACAGGCCGUGCAUGAAGUCUGCGUAUUCAGGUGAAGGUUGCUGUCUUUCUUGAACAUGCAUUUCUAUUCCAACAUGGGAAAGACUGCAAACUCCACCAGUGAACAAUACAAAGUGGCAAGCAGUAACAUCGUCGUGGACUCAUCUGUUCCCGUUCUGCCUCGACCUUUGGAUCCAUUGCACCGGGCUCCUCCCAACCAAAUCCAAUCCUCUGCUGAUAACGCACCAGCCUCGCAAUCAUUCUACCACCGAAGGCACAGUUCUAAUAAGAGCAAGCAAUGGACUGUUACUUUGGUCGCAGACAGUGUGACAUGGUGAUCAGGUGCAGACUGCGUUGCACAAUUAAAACAGACUGUUUGGCUUCAUGAUGCACUGGAAUUAAAUAACUGCCCUGGCUCGAACCCAUUUCAUUACCCCAAUACUACCGAUUCAAUGAAGACAGUACACUAUUAGCGACGCGGAAUCACGAACCCAAUCGGCGCCGUCAGCUGCAAAUGCAUGGGAUAGGACUGGACACGGCUCUCCUUCGAGUGCCCGAAGCGUGUGAAACUCUACAUCUAGAUGAGCGUCGAUCAUUCCAGAGUGUCGAUGCCCUGCUCUGAUUACGCCGCAUUACUGCCUGAUUGUGUUACAAUCGAUCCACCGACUCAUUGAUCAACCUAUUCAAUUCAUCUAGAAUUGUAGCAUUGUAUAGUUAUUUCAGGCGAUGUGCAUGGUAGGAGUUUAAACUUACAAAAACUUGCUGAUGAUGUGUAUGUUGCAAAGGAUCAGGUUGGUUGUUUUUAAACAAGUGCGUAACGGUAUGUGUCGGUUCAUGUUUGGUCUUAAACAUGAAAGUUUGGUGGUUUGUUUCAAUAGUGUGGACUAGAAUGGUGAACUGUUCUACAAAUGUAAGAAAGGCAUCUUUUAGAAACGAGAUCAAUUUGGAAGUGCUUA